AUGUCAAGAUCAACUUCAUCUUCUGAAUCUCAUCAACUUGCUACAUCCCAAGAUUCGACUUGGCGUCUAGAAGCCUCAUUUUUCAGCCUGUGCGCAAGAUCGUGUCAAAUUCUACACGUCAGAAAAUUUUCGCAAAACCCAUCGCCUCGAAACAGCGCAGCUGGGAAAAAGCAAAACUUGGACUCGCACGGCCGAGGGAGGACCAAGUCACGAAAAAAGGACACAAGGCAAAAAAGUAACGAACUCUCGACACACAACUUGUCGUUCACAAUGACAAAAUUGUUUGAAAAUUUCAGAGAGGUAUCUAUCUAUCAAUACAAUUACAAUUCAAGCAAGGUGCGCGCGAGGAAAAGAACCUCUUUCAGUUCGAUACCAAAACUUGUCGCCCCGCCCAAUCAUCCCUUCGCAAGAUCCCAGCCAAAUCUUUUUCUUUCUUUCUUUCUUUCUUUCUUUCUUCCUUUUCUCCCUCUCUCUCAGCCCUGUCUAAUCUGA